ACAAUUAGAAUUAUGUAAUGCUUGUAAGUCAGGUAUCUGCAUCCUGGACACCUCUGAGUUGCAUUACUGCAGGAAAAAGUUGCCGAGAUGAAUAUCAAAGGGUUACUUAUUUUGGCUCUCAUAGCCAUCGUCAGCGGCAAACACGUUCACAACAGAAAUGCUAUCAAAAGACAAUCCAUCUGCCCAUUAGACUGUCCAGCAGCAUGUGCUCCAACAUGUGACGUAGUGUGUUGUGCACCUCCACCACCACCACCACCGCCACCACCCCCACCACCCCCUCCACCACCACCUCCUCCUCCACCACCACCUCCACCACCACCACCAGGCCCACCAGGCCCACCAGGUCCACCAGGAGCACAAGGACCAAAUGGAGCCAAUGGAGGAACAGGACCACAAGGACCAGUAGGCCCUGCAGGACCACCAGGCCCAGCAGGACCACCAGGACCACCUGGAGCACCAUCACCAUGUCCACCUGUUUGUCAACAAGUGUGUGCACCAAUCUGCCCAGCACCAUGCUGUUAGAAGAUUUGACGCAGUUCAAAGAUAUAAGGACAGAAAAGACAUCAUAUGCUAAUUCGUCAACGGAUUUGCAAAAUGACAAUUCUCAGCUUAGAGAAAUUCAUACAUAAACAUAUGACUUGAACAGCCUUUGUAAUAAAACACCUUCAAUAAUUAAAUUACGUAUUCGAUCUUAUCAGAAUUAAGCUUUGUAAAAAAAUCUGACACAUA